CGUUGGAGCCGUCGCGGCCGCCGAUUGGGCAAAGACAAGUUUCGCACGCUCGGCUCGGCGCUACGCCCCUUCAGCCGGCCCGCGGCCGCCACCCGCGAGGAGAGAACAGCGGGGGACCCGGCGCGGCGCCCGGGAGGGACCUGCGUCGGCCUCGGCUUCCAGGCGGGCACGGCCCGAGCGGCGGGCGGCGAUGAUCCCCGAGGAGAGGCCGGACGGCCCGGGCGCCGGCGAGGAGAGCGCGAGGCUGGAGGAGGCAGGCAGCGUUCGCAAGGGCUCUGACCCCCUGGCCCAGAUACCACGUGGCCGCCCUCAGAGCCGCAGGGCCCGGGUCCACCAGCAGAUCACCAAGGAGCUGCGGAUGCGAACGGGUGCCGAGAACCUCUAUAGAGCCACCAGCAAUGCCUGGGUCAGGGAGACAGUGGCCCUGGAGCUGAGCUACGUCAACUCCAGCCUGCAGUUGCUGAAGGAGGAACUGGAGGAGCUCAACGGCAGCAGUGUGGAGGCUGACCGGCCUGAGAGUGAAGGAAUCACUGUGCCUCUGAUCCCCCUGGGGCUGAAGGAGACCAGGGAGCUGGACUGGUCCACCCCGCUGAAGGAGCUGAUCUCUGGGCACUUUGGAGAGGACAGUGCCUCCUACGAGGCCGAAAUCAAGGAGCUGGGAGACCUGCGGCAGGCCAUUCGGACCCCCAACCGGAGUGAGGUGGGCCUGGAGCUGCUCAUGGCCUACUACAACCAGCUCUGCUUCCUGGACGCGCGCUUCGUCGCCCCUCCCGGGAACCUCGGGCUACUCUUCCACUGGUACGACUCGCUCACGGGCGUCCCGGCCCAGCAGCGGGCCCUGGCCUUCGAGAAGGGCAGUGUGCUUUUCAACAUUGGGGCCCUCCACACCCAGAUCGGGGCUCGCCAGGACCGCUCCUGCCCCGAGGGCACCAGGCGCGCUGUCGAGGCCUUUCAGAAGGCUGCUGGGGCCUUCAGCCUCCUGAGGGAGAACUUUUCUGGAGCACCCAGCCCUGACAUGAGCCCAGCCUCGCUCUCCAUGCUGGAGGGACUCAUGACUGCCCAGGCCCAAGAGUGCAUCUUUGAGGGUCUCUUGCUGCCGUCUCCUGAAGCCCCCCAGGAUUGCCUGGCCCAGCUACGCCUGGCUCAGGAGGCAGCCCAGGUGGCAGCUGAGUACAGGCAGGUGCACCAGACCAUGACCCAGCCACCUGUCCGAGACUAUGUGCCCUUCCCCUGGACCACCCUGGUGCACGUCAAGGCGGAGUACUUCUGCGCCCUGGCCCACUACCAUGCAGCCGUGGCCCUCUGCGACAGCCCCCCAGCAGCCGAGGAGGACUUCCCAGUGCUGCCGCAGGCCUUCCUUGGGCCCCCGGCCACGUCGGAGCCGUGGGGCGCUGUGUUUCCUCAGGAGCAGGAGGAGCGCAGGAAUCUGGGCAAGGCCCACCUGAAGCGCAGCAUCCUGGGCCAGGAGGAGGCGCUGCGGCUGCACGCCGUGUGCCGGGCCCUGCGCAGGGUGGACCUGCUACAGGCUGUGCUGGCCCAGGCACUGCAGCGCUCGCUGGCCAAGUACUCGGAGCUUGACCGCGAGGACGACUUCUUGGAGACCGCCGAGGCUCCUGACAUCCAGCCUAAAACACAGCAGAAGCCAGAGGUCAGGGCGCCCAGCUUCUCCAGGGUGAAGGUGACCGAUAUCUUCCAGCGGCUGGGGCCCCUGUCAGUGUUUUCGGCCAAGAACCACUGGCGGCUGGCCGGGCCUGUGCGCGUGACCCGCGGAGAGGCCGGCUUUGGGCUCACGCUGCGCGGAGACGCGCCUGUCCUCGUUGCCGCUGUCAUGCCCGGGGGCCCGGCCGCGGCAGCCGGCCUGCAGGAGGGCGACUACAUUGUGUCCCUGAAUGGGCAGCCCUGCAAGUGGUGGAGGCACGCCGAGGUGGUGGCGAGGCUGAAGGGCGUGGGUGACGAGGGUGUGAGCCUGCAGGUGGUCACGCUGCUGCCCAGGGCGGAGCCCCCUGGCACGGGGCACCACCGGCCAGCCCUGGGAGGGCUCCUGAGGAUCCAGAAGGAGUGUGGGUGGGGGACACCAGCUCCUGCACGAGCCAGCCCCAGGUGCUUCCUUGGCUGGAGCCGCAAGGCCAAGCCCACAGGGAGGCUGUCCCCACAGCCCUGAGCUGUGUGCCACCCUCCCCCUCUGGGAGCCCAGCGCCCCCACACCCUCCAUAUGUCCUCCUCCGUCCUGAGGCGCUUUCAGGCCAGUUGGCUGCCCCACCCAGUGCCUAGAGCUGCCCAUUAAAGACCAUGU